UCUUUCUUGCUUUCUUUUGAAUGAAUGAAAAGUGGAAUGCCAGCGAACAUGUGCUUGCACAUUUGCUGCGAAGAGACUCUGCUUGUGGGUUAUCUAUCCAUGGCGCCUCAAUGACCCGAGGGAUCGAAUCGCACGUGGGCCGGCGUACGCCUGCGCCUACGGUUAUACGGCGACGCGACCCGGACGGCAUGGGGGCGGUUGGUGCGUGUGAGACGGUGGGAUCGGGUGCCGUGACCGACGCCGGACGCGAUGGAGAGGAGAGGGAAGGGCCUGACUCUCCCUGAGGCAUCUUCUUCGGCUCCUCCGCCGAGUUGGAAGCAAAGGCGUCGUCUGUCCACUUCCGCGUUGCAUUACAAACGGGCAGUGUAUCAUGGUGUGGGUAAGCACUCAGAACCCAUCUGCAGAUCAUACUGUGUCAACUCGUAGAAUGUACGAUUAUAGGCCAUCCUCAGUACGUGCCACGAGAUCGAUCGAGCACUCCACCUUGUCGGCAACCCGUCGCUGAUAGGCACAAGCACAACCACGUACACGACGCGUGUUCAGUUCAAGAGCAGUGAAGGCCGAAGAGGGUGGCGUGGAUCGCCAUGUGGGUAGCGGCAUGCAUAUGCACGCAUGUGGGUUGUGGAGACGCCGAGACGGGGACGAGAGCGGAGUCUGUCUGUGCACUCUACUCGCUGUCGUUGGACCAUCAACGUCAUCCGAGUUAAUAUAAGCGAUGGGCGAGCUAAGUGCUGGCGCUGUUCAUGAAUAAAUGAACUCGAUGGAACGGUUUCCAUCUCGUCGCGACAGCGAUGCUGUGUCGAGGAACGCUGCGAGGCCAGUUCUAGCCACGCUACCUGGGUUCAGUCGCGGUUGAUUCGUGCUUUACGCCGGGUCAGAUUCGGUUCCAAGGAGCUCAUAGAUUACUCUCUCGCUCUCUCUCUCUUUUAUUUUUACAAAAAAUCGUUUGAAAUAAAAGGGAAUUGAUUCAACGGCCGAACAUUGGUGCGGCAGACUACUGCCGUCAAGCUGUACAACAUACAUGGAUUAGAAUCCAGAGAAACGCCUUUCAGAGUCUGAUCUGAUGAGGCCCGUCUGCAGCCAUCCAGAGCUGCCUGCCUGCGCCACCUAACUGCGUACUGGGGCACGGUAAAACCACUGCUGGUACUGUGCUACCACGCCUUUGCAUCAUUGCCGACCCCGAACCAACCUUCCGAUGCUGCCUGCCUGCCUGCCUCCCCUCCUCCAUGGCUCAACCUCCCCUCCCCUGCCUGCCCCGUUGUCCCCACCCCUCUCGCCUUCUCUCCACCUUGGGCUCUCAUGAUUCUGUUUCAAAGGCUGCACUGCCGAACCACCAUGAAUGGCUUCGUUUCACCUUUCCGUCCCCGGGCCACGCCACGCCCUUCUGAAAAAGAUCUCCACGCCUUCUCAUCCCUCCACCCACUGAUACAGAUUCAUCAUGCAGGCAGGCAGGGACUCCCCCCGCUCGAUCACUGUCUGUUCCGCUCUCUUUUUUCCAGAUAGGACCACUGGGCUGCAGCUGGAGCUGGACUGGACGGCGGUACCACUGACUUUCACACUGUACUGUGCAACUGCAUGGACCCAGCUCCUCUGAUCCUCUCUCGCUCUCCCUCUCUCUCUCAUCCAUAACGACAUGGCACCUUUGCACCACGCUACUGCCCUGCCUACUACUAGUACUGUCUCUUUGAACCACUUUGGUGGCCUAAUCCCGGGCCCCUCUGAUGAUGGCUUAUGAGCCCCAGCUUUGCGCUUGCAGGCACUGCACGGUCUGGUUCUUGUUCCUGAGCAGUUGAGCUGCGCACACCGACUUCUUUUGCACAAGGUACAGCAGCGCAGGCGCGGCGGCAGCCCGCCGCUGGAUCUCUCCCGAGGCUCCGGCGAUGGAGCGGUCCUGCUACUUCCCGCUGCGGUGGGAGAGCACGGGCGACCAGUGGUGGUACGCGUCGCCGAUAGACUGGGCGGCGGCCGACGGCCACUACGACAUCGUCCGCCAGCUGCUGCACCUCGACCCCAACCUGCUCAUCAAGCUCACCUCCCUCCGCCGGAUCCGCCGCCUCGAGGCGCUGUGGGACGACGACGCCCGCUUCGCCGACGCGGCCCGGAACCGCGCGUCCGUCGCCCGCAGCCUGCUGCUGGAGUGCGAGUGCAGGAACCACCGCCCCGGCGCCGGGGAGAACACGCUGCUCCGGGCCGGGUACGGCGGCUGGGUGCUCUACGCGGCGGCGUCGGCCGGGGACGCCGCGUUCGUGCGGGAGCUGCUGGAGAGGGACCCGCUGCUCGUGUUCGGCGAGGGCGAGUACGGCGUCACGGACAUGUUCUACGCGGCGGCCAGGGGCGGGAGCGCGGACGUGUUCAGGCUGCUGCUCGACCACGCCAUGUCGCCGAGGUGCUCGACGAGUUGCCGGAACGGCGAAGCCAGCGCCAGGCGCAGCUCCGUGUUCCGGCUUGAGAUGAUGAGCCGGGCCGUCCACGCCGCGGCGAGGGGCGGGAGCGUGGAGAUGCUCAGGGAGCUGCUCGACGAGUCCAGCGUGUCGACGUAUCUCGACAUCCGUGGAUCCACCGUGCUGCAUGCCGCCGCUGGGAGAGGGCAGCUGCAGGUUGUCAAGUACCUUGUGGCCUCUUUCGACAUAAUCAAUUCGACUGAUAAUCACGGGAACACAGCGCUGCAUGUAGCGGCCUACCGAGGGCACCAACCUGUCGUGGAAGCCUUGGUUGCUGCGUCUCCAUCAACCUUGUCAGUUGUCAACAACGCCGGUGACACGUUUCUCCACUCGGCAGUUACAGGAUUCAGGACCCCAGGAUUCCGACGGCUCGACCGCCAGUUGGAGCUGAUGAGGUACCUCAUACGCGAGAGAACCGCGGAUAUCCAGAAGAUCAUCAACCUGAGAAACGACGCGGGCCUUACAGCUCUUCACCUGGCUGUGGUUGGCUGCGCACACCCGGAUCUCGUCGAGCUACUGAUGGCCACCCCGUCCAUCGACCUGAACGCUGAAGACGCUAAUGGCAUGACCGCGCUGGCGCUGCUGAAGCAGCAGCUGCGCUCAGCGACGUCCGACCGGCUCAUCAAGCAGAUCGUCUCUGCCGGAGGGGUCUUGAACUCCAGCAUCCUGAGAACCCGGUCAGCCAUCGCUUCUCAGAUCAAGAUGCAGGGCGGGAUCGCGAGCAGCCCCGGCACCACUUUCAAGGUAUCGGAUGCGGAGAUAUUCCUGUUCUCCGGCAUGGGAGCGGCGGAGUCUCUGAGGCCAAGCUCCUGCUCCAGCAACGGGAAGGAUGAUGACCCUACUCACGCAGACGCAGACUGCGCCGAGAACCGUGGAUCGUCGGAGAAGAGGCUGAGCUCCGCGAGCCGGGCCAAAGACCGCCUCAAGAUGAUGCUGAGAUGGCCUCGCCACAAGGACAAGACGCCCAAGAAGUCAGAGGACAGCAGCCCGCUGGGGUCGAUCAGCAGGCUGAACGAGCACGGGGCCGAGACCCCUGCUCCGCUGAGGCAGAAGUUUACCAAGACGACGGCGCUCAACGGCAAGCGGACCCUAGCGGUGAAGAGCUCCACCCCGAGCUCCUCAUCCACCAAGAAGAAGCUCAACACGAAGCUCAUCCACGGCAUCAUGGAGGCCAUGCCACAGCUGGCGCCAUCUACGGCGCGGUCCGCGUCCCCGACGGACACUUUCCUGAGGUCCUCGGUAUCGUCCACGCCGCAGCCGCUGGCGAAGCUGAAGGACAUCUGCCUCGACGACGAGAUCUCCAUGGUGACGCCGCCCGCCGGCAGGCUGAAGGAUAGUGACGACGCCAUGGAGGACCCCUCGUGCUCCAACAACUCGUCCAUGGACGACGGCUGUGGCGCCGGGACGGCAGAGAGCGCGGCCCGGAAGCACGGGUGCGGCAACGGGAGGCUCAUCAACAUCUGCUUUGGCGCGCAGGGCCUCACCGUGGAGGACUCGGCGAGCGGGCAGCAGACGAGCAAGAUGUUCAAGCAGCAGUGCCUCAGGGUGUCCUGAUUGACGGCGUGGUGUCUCGACUACAACAGCGUGGUGUGAUUGGUUUGGUGUCUCGCGUGCAGCUAUGUGUGCUUGUUUGCUUUGCUCCUUGCACAGCCAGCGGUGAACUGGUGAUCCAAUGAACUUGUGCUUGUGUUAACUGUGACGUUGACGAAUCCACAGCUCUUUAACUUCCUCAGUGUCAGGUCGUGCAUUCUUCAAACAAA